UGGAAGUAAUUUCCAGCAUCAUAAAAUAUAGAUUCCUCAGGGAUUCCGGGGUAAAAACCCCAUAUAUAUUCCUCUGAGAUUUACCGGGUUACUACUGGAAAUCUGACUUCCAAGGACUUGAGAGCUUUCACAAAUAUCAUAUUCCUGUCGAAAUUUUGAAGAAGUUUGAGUGGCAGAUCUUGUUCCUUGUUUUCUUGUUUAACAGGAAAGCGAUGGUGAAGGACACUGAGUAUUAUGACAUCUUGGGUGUGAGUUUUGAUGCAUCAGCAGCUGAAAUAAAAAAGGCUUACUACAUCAAGGCAAGGUUGGUACACCCUGAUAAAAAUCCUGGAGAUCCCAAGGCUGCUCAUAAUUUUCAGGUUCUUGGGGAGGCUUAUCAAGUUCUAAGUGAUCCUGUGAAGCGUGAAUCAUAUGACAAGAAUGGAAAGUCAGCUGUAGCCCAGGAUUCUAUGGUGGAUGCUGCUGCGGUAUUUGGGAUGCUUUUCGGGAGUGAUUUUUUUGAGGACUAUGUUGGGCAGCUUGCUUUGGCUUCCAUGGCAUGUGUAGAAGCUGAAGAAGAGUCACAGGUCCCAGAAGUACGAAGGCAUAAACUUCGGGAGAAAUUGCAGGAGGUCCAAAAGGAAAGGGUGGAAAAGCUUAUCCAAUAUCUAAAGGACCGUCUUCAACCAUUUGUAGAAGGCAGAAAGGACGAGUUUGUAAUUUGGGCAAACAAGGAAGCCCGUCAGCUGUCACAAGCUGCUUUUGGGGAGGCAAUGCUACACACUAUCGGUUAUAUCUAUACGAGGCAAGCUGCUAGGGAGCUUGGGAAGAAUAUACUCUUUAUGGGCGUGCCUUUCUUAGCAGAGUGGGUACGGGGCAAAGGCCAUCAUAUAAAAUCACAAGUGACUGCUGCUUCAGGUGCUGUGUCUUUAAUUCAAUUACAGGAAGGGAUGGAGAAAGUGGGGCAAGGUGAAAAUAAAGAAGAGAACUUGUUGAAGCACGUGGAAGAUAAUAAAGACGUGAUGCUUAAUUCUCUUUGGAAGAUCAAUGUGGUAGACAUUGAAGCAACCCUUUCUCAUGUAUGCCAAGCGGUUCUCAAAGAUAGUAGUGUUUCAAGAGAUGUGCUCAAGUUACGAGCCAGAGCAUUGAAAAAGCUAGGAACCAUUUUCCAGGGUGCCAAGGAUCUUUAUAGGAGAGAAAACAGCCUGCGUCAUGAGAGCGGUGCGAAGAAUGAUGCUACAUCAUCUUCAGCAGCAUCAUGACCUGUAUCUGUCUUAUAUCUGAAAGAAAUUGUAAUUGGGUUUAGGCAUCUCACCCAGUAUACGAUGCAUGUGUUAAAACUUCUUAGAACUUUCAGUUUUCUUUCUUUCUUUCUUUUGAACUAUUCUUUUGAACUAUGUAUUUGAAUGUAGGUUGUGAUUUUCAUUGCCAGCUAAUGUAGUAUUGUUGUUUGGAUCGUUGAUUGAGGUGGGCCCAUUUGUGUUUAACUGUGUUCUAGUUGAAUGAUUUGAAAGAUGAUUUUUCAUAA